CUUUUUAAAGCCUCCAUGUGCUGGGAGAGACACAGAGAGAGAGUCUUACACAGACGGAGGGAGGGAGGGAAAAGGGAGGGAGGAGAAAAGAGAGACAGCUCAGCGGAGAACUCCUCAUUGUGGACUUGAAUCCAGCAGCCUCAGCUCUCUCUCUGCGCGCUCAGCCGUCCAAACCGCAUGAAACAGGAGAGUCGCUGAGGAAAUGACUCUUUAAAAAGCCACACGCCUUUGAUCCCUCUCCUUUCUUCACCCUCAACUUGUCUCUGACUGGUGGCACGAUGCUGAAACACAUCGAGGAGGGCUUUCCUCCGCCUGUCCGCACGUCAUUGGAAACCUGGUGUGGUGUGAAGAGAGAGGAGAGAGCGCACAAGAGUGGUGGAGUUGAAGAGCGCCUUCAGGAGGAGGAAGAGGAGGAUUAACGGGGGAACAAAGCUGAAGGGGAAAAAGGAAAGAAACAGAAACAUGAGUUUACCGACGAACUGUUUGUACUUGGCCCCCUCGGUCCAGGAUCGCUUCUUCAAAGUGAGGAAUGGGAAUAUCUGCGGGUCACCGUGCGCUGUCAACCGGCCCAUUGACAUCGUGCAGAAACGCAGGCGUUUUGAUGUGGAGAAUGGCCUGUCGGUGGGUCGCAGUCCACUGGACUCUCAGACUAGCCCCAGUUCUGGUCUGGUACUUCAGGCCAACUUUCCUCACAGUCAGCGCCGCGAGUCCUUCCUUUACCGCUCCGACUCAGACUACGACCUGUCGCCCAAAACCAUGUCCCGCAACUCGUCCACUGCCAGCGACCUGCAUGGAGAAGACAUGAUUGUGACUCCGUUUGCACAGGUUCUUGCCAGUCUCCGAACAGUGAGAAGUAACUUUGCUGGUCUGACACAUCUGCAAGACCGUGUGGGAAACAAGCGGGCAACGACCAGCAACCAGCCGCCUGUAUGUAAGCAAUGUCUUACAGAGGAGCCCUACCAGAAGCUGGCGAUGGAGACGCUGGAGGAACUGGACUGGUGUCUGGACCAGCUGGAGACGCUGCAGACCAGAAACUCAGUCAGCGAGAUGGCGUCCAAUAAGUUUAAGAGGAUGCUAAAUCGCGAGCUGACGCAGCUAUCAGAGACGAGCCGUUCAGGAAAUCAGGUGUCAGAGUUCAUCGCAAACACCUUCCUCGAGAAACAACAUGACGUGGAGAUCCUGUCUCCACCCUCUAAGGAGAAGGAGAAGAAGAAGCGGCCCAUGUCACAGAUCAGUGGUGUGAAAAAAGUCACACAAAGCCCUGGUCUAGCAUCCGCCUGCAUCCCUCGCUUUGGAGUCAAUACACCUCAGGAGAGCAUGCUGGCCAAGGAGGUCGAGAACAUUAAUCGUUGGGGUCUGGAUAUUUUCAAGAUAGCAGAAUUUUCUGGGAACCGCCCUCUGACGGUCGUGAUGUACUCCAUCUUUCAGGAGCGAGACCUUCUGAAAACCUUUAAGAUCCCAAUCGACACCUUCAUCACCUUCAUGAUGACUCUGGAGGACCACUACCACGCAGACGUAGCUUACCACAACAACAUUCAUGCAGCCGAUGUGGUGCAGUCCACCCACGUCCUCCUGUCCACGCCCGCUCUAGAGGCGGUGUUCACAGACCUGGAGAUCGUGGCCGCUCUGUUUGCGAGCGCCAUCCAUGAUGUCGACCACCCAGGGGUCACCAACCAGUUCCUGAUCAACACUAGCUCAGAGCUUGCACUGAUGUACAACGAUGCCUCGGUGCUGGAGAAUCACCACCUCGCUGUCGGCUUCAAACUGCUCCAAGAAGAAAACUGUGACAUCUUUGAGAACAUCAGCAAGAAGCAGAAAGACUCGCUCCGCAAAAUGGUGAUCGACAUGGUGCUCGCCACAGAUAUGUCCAAACACAUGAACUUCUUGGCGGACAUGAAAACAAUGGUGGAGACCAAGAAGGUGACGAGUCUGGGAGUCCUGCUCCUGGACAACUACUCUGACCGCAUCCAGGUUCUGCAGAACAUGGUCCACUGUGCUGACCUGAGCAACCCAACCAAACCUCUGGAGCUUUACAGGAAGUGGACGGACCGCAUCAUGGUGGAGUUCUUCACCCAGGGAGACCGAGAGCGGGACAAGGGCAUGGAGAUCAGCCCCAUGUGUGACAAACACAACGCCUCCAUAGAGAAGAACCAGGUGGGCUUCAUAGACUACAUCGUCCACCCUCUGUGGGAGACGUGGGCCGACUUGGUGCACCCUGACGCUCAGGACAUCCUGGACACGCUGGAGGACAACAGGGAGUGGUACCAGAGCAUGAUCCCCCGCAGCCCCUCGCCCUCCAGCCCGGAGGAGCACCACACGGGGACGACACCAGGAGGAGACACCACUUUGGGAGCAGGAGGGACCAUCUCGUCGGGCGGGGGCGGAGUGGCAGAUAAGUUCCAGUUUGAACUCACUCUGGAGGAAGAAGAGGAGGAUGAGGAUGAGGAUGUGGAGUCUGAGCUGGAGAGCCCCUUAGAGGAAGAGUCCCAGUCGGGUGGGGAGAGGCACCAAGACUCCUCCUCCCCUUCCUUGUCCCCGGACCCCCGCACUAGCAGGUACCGUCCCCCCUCGCCGCACCCGUCCCGGGCCCUGAGCCUAGCUAGCAUGUCUGUGCGGAGACUACAACCCCACAGGACGCUGGCCUCCCCGGGACAAGAGGGCGCCGACAGGGACAGGGACAGAGACAUGAACAAGGAGGGCGACGGGUUGGCCUGUCUGCGCCUGGGAACGUAACGACCAGCACAACCUGCCCCGCCCCAGAGACACGGUGCUGGAUGGAGUGAGACGAGGGCGGGGCAGGCCUCCAACAACAAAGUCUGUAAAAUCACUACAGUCCCUUUACACUGGAGACACCCGCUCUGAUUUUAUAUUCUAUGAGACCGAUCCUUUUAGCCUCCCUCCGGGUGCCUGAUCGGCCUCCUGUGUCCCGUCCUGCUUUGUUGUAGCUUCACUUUGGAGCGUCCCAGACAAAGACCGCUGCAUUUUAAACUGGGAAGUAAAACAAGGAGAGGUGAAGGAAACGUCUUCCUCCUAAAUAACAGCUCGUGACAUUCAGACGUGUGCCGUGAAUGAGGAGCGCUGUGAUUCGACAGGGUCUUGGAAAUUAUUUUGCACCAUAGUUUUAAUUAAGGAUAUGAAAUUACCAAGUCUGGUUGGGAUGAGUGAGUAUGACUUUAUGUUUGUUUGUUUAAGAAUGAUGUGAGUUUUAAUCAUUUCUGCCAAAUACAUGAUGUAAAUGAGCAGCGAGACAAUGGAUGGACCUUAACCUCAGGGUAUGAAGAGAACAUAAAUCUAAUGUAGCACGGAUGUAGUGGGUACCCCUGACCUCUGACCCCGACCCCAAACUGUCUUUCCUGUUUGAUUUACCUCCAAACAAGAGACACCUGCGUCUUUGUUUCUCCUGCGUGUCUCCACUUUUAACCCUUUAAAUGAAAAUUUGGCAAAUGAAGCAAUCGAAUAAUGUGUAUUUAAACCAGCGUGUAGCAGUGCAGAGACGAAACAAUGAAGACGUUAAACCCAAAAGACACCACCUGUAUGAUUAGUUUAUUUUUUUACCUGAGAUGAUUUUUAACGGUGUCGUUGUUUUAGUGGAUUUGAUUGGUCGUACGUUUGCUGGUCUCGUCGUGUUUAUGUGCUUCAAAAGCAUUUUUUUAUCAGGGUGCCUCCGGUCCGCAGUAGCACUUUACCGUCUCUGCCCUUCAGCUCUUCAGUCACACAAAGGGCUUCACUCACUGUAGGCCUCACACACACACACACACACACACACACACAGGACAUCACACAUACAGACACAAGAACCAGAAGGCAGGGCAGGAAACUUCCCGGCCAGGAUUUCACAAACUAAUCUUCUUUGAUGACACCAAAAUAAAAAACCUUGUGGUGAUGAGAGGAAGUUGGAAUUAUAAAAGUCUCUACUUGAUGUUGUUUGGAGAAUGUUAAAGUUAAAGAGAGUAAAGUGAUCCUGUUAUGAUGCUUUAAAUCACCAACAAACUAUCAGGAUGCGGGUAAAAUAAAAAGGAAUAUGAUCUCAGUUCAUCGUGGACGCUAAAGUUAGAACAAACUGUUUUAAUUCUCCUUUACUCGAACCUUUAGGAAAGGUGUUCAUGUAAGGAAACCUUUUUAUCUCAUGAGGUGACUAGAAUUACUUUAGGACCAGGAAGUCACAGUAUUUGGAUGACAGGAUCAGGGCCACUGGAAGAGAGUCAGGGCAACUGGGAAAAGAAAUUAAGGUGAAAUAUAUAUUUUUUUAAUUCUGAGAUCACACUGAAUUUUUCUCAGAAUACAGACUUUAAUCUCAGAUUUUGGGUUUUUAAUCUAAGAAUUUGAACUUUAAUUGCAGAGUUCUUACUUUAAUCUCAGAGCUCUGACUUAAAUCUCAGAGUUCGGACUUCAAUUUCAGAGUUCGGACUUUUAAUCUCAGAGUUCAGACUUUAAUCUCAGAAUUCAGACCUUAAUCUUAGAGUUCCAACUUUAAUCUCAGAGUUCAGACUUUUUCUCAGAGUUCCAACUUUAAUCUCAGAGUUCAGACUUUAAUCUCAGAGUUCAGACUUUAAUCUCAGAAUUCAGACUUUUUCUCAGAGUUCCAACUUUAAUCUCAGAGUUCAGACUUUAAUCUCAGAGUUCAGACUUUUUCUCAGAGUUCCAACUUUAAUCUCAGAGUUCAGACUUUAAUCUCAGAGUUCCAACUUUAAUCUCAGAGUUCAGGCUUUAAUCUCAGAGCUCUGACUUUAAUCUCAGGGUUCUGAUUUGAAUCCCAGAAUUAAAAAAAUAUAAUGCACCUUAAUCUUUUAUUCCAGUGGCUCUAAUCCUUUCCGUACAAGGCAACAAGUAAAAUGUUUUACUGGUAAAUAAUCUGAGGAGAUUCCUGCAGAGAGCUCAAAGCUGCUGUGUCCUUCAUGAAGCAGCUGAACUGUACGCCUUAAAGUAAGCGAGUAUUUAAGAAACUUUUGGCACCUCUGGAGACACUCUGAGUAUUUCUUUACCUCAAGAGCAAACGAAUGUGACGUUCUCCUCUCUCUGAAUAUCAGAGUCUUUAAAAUCUAGAUGAAGGACAGGCUCACGUUUUAGGAUCACCUCUUACUUCUUCAAACUGAAGUGAAUCUGAGCCUUACUCUUUACUUUCUACUUUUACACAGGACCUGUUUUUUAUAUCCGCACAGUAGAGAUCUUAUAAUUCCAAACAUCACACCGUGGUGUUAGCUUCCCGCCCUGCCAGCCGGCGCUGACGUGGAGAUGAAGCGGAGCACAGAUCCUAACAUGACAAACUAAAGAGGUUGUUUCCCUCCAGGCUUCAGUCUGGUUCAAACAGGAAGUGCUCGACUGGGAUAACUGUGUGCCAUAAGUGUUCAAAACACACAAACACCUGCCAGCCUCCGAUGCUGUACAUUUUUACACUAGAGAUUUUAACCUGAUGAUUGUAUCAAAGUCUCAGACUUUAUAGUGUUAGUUUUUACCGAUGAUACGUGUAGACAGUAUUUAAGAAGAGCGUUUAUUAGACCUCUGAUCAGCCGUUCCUCCUUUCAUAAACAAAUAGCUAAGACUUGAGAAUGUGUGUAGUUUUCAGGACUCUUUCUGUACCGAGUACAUGUUCAGUGUUUGUCUCCGUCACUAAAGGUAGAGAGACCAGGAAGCAACGACCACUACACGAGAUGAUGAUGACGCACUUCCUGGUUCAGCAGUCGUAGAGAACACUAGUCCUUCAGUAUUUCAUUAACUAAGCUAGUAAGCUUUAUUGAGCAGCCUUACAUGUGAUAGGAUUGAUCCAGCGUGUUGUUAAAGGACCAUUCUGCUGUUUUUAACAUGCCAAGACUGAGAAAAAAACAGGAACUACAAGUUUGUUCUAAACACAAAGCAAAUAAUGCAUCUUACUGUAGAAGCAGCAAUAUUCAAGUUCACUUUUUUUAUAUAUAUUUGCCGUUUUUCAAUUCAAUACAUCUUGAAAAUGCCAUGAAAACCUCAGCAGCACAAUGUGUUGACAAUUCUAAAACCUUUCCUCUAGCUCCCCCUGCAGGCUGAACAUUGUACUGGAACACAAGGCAGAUACAAGCUGAUGAAAUUAAAGUCUCAUGAUAGGUUUGUUUUUUACUUAAAUAGCCCAAAAAUAACCCCCUUUAAUUUUACAAACAGCCACAAAUUAGGCUUCAUUUUUAUUCUUUAGUCUCUCGAAGCUUUUUCUGUUCUUUGCUGGAAUCAUCUUCAUAACAGAGCUGAGACAGACGUCCUUAAGUCGCUGUUAUUCAAAAGAAAAUAUAGUUUAUACAUUAAAAAAUAAAAGGUGUAGUUUCAUCCUCCGGCCUGGGAUAAAAACCACGCCGCAGUGAUGCUUGAGAAGAAUCAGUUUACAUUUCCAGUUCCACUCCUCCAUCCUGAGGCAUGGCAUUUUCAUCACAUGAAGCAAUUAACCGUAUCUUUAAUUUCCCCUCAGCUCUGACGUGUUAGCAUGUUAACGCAGCACAGCGGCUCUUUAACGACUCCAAACAAACUGUGUUCCCGCGCGGACGAGCGGCAGCGUCUGCGUCUCUGUGUCGCUCUGAUUCCGCCUCCAUGAUGUUCACGCCGUCUCGUUCCCUCAGCUCUGUGUCGUGCGAAACCUCUAUACCAGAUAUUUAUUCUUCAAGACACGAAGUACUGUAACAUAGGAUGUUUGAUUUUUUAUGUUCUGGAGCCGAAAAAUCAAGUAUAAGAAGAAUGUAUACAUCCGUCACUCCGAUGUUUCUGUCAGAGAAAUUUAUUUUUGUUCCUCAUUUGAAGCCAAAAGAGUCUGGAGGAGUUCAGGGUGCCAAUAAAUUAAACUGAAAAGUACGAAUGUGUGUGUUCACGUCAUUUCAGUGUUUAUUACUUGUGUGGUUAUAAAGUACAUGUGUUAAAUGGGAGGUCAAUGAAGAGCUUUAUGUGAGGCGAGUACAAACACCUGAUGAUUCAGCGUCCACAUGUUGGUUAUAAGAUGAAGAUGUUAGUUGGUGUGAUUUCUCUGUGUUCAGCUGAAGCCUCUGUUCAGUUUGACUGUGGCUCCGGUGCACACUGGAGGCUUCACCCCCUGAAAACACAACACAACACACACACACACACACACGGUUACAGUAACAUCAUAUGAUAACUUUAACCAACAUUUUCCUCCCUGUGAUGACACCUCUUAGGUCCCAAAACCUCAACAUCCUCCCUAAACCCUGAACCCUGAGCCCUUCUUGACUUCAUUGACCUCACCUGGACCGUGAUCGAGGGCAGGAGGCUGUAAGGGCUCAAACUGUAGAACUGGGUUUAGGGUUCAGGGAGGAUAUUGUGAUUCAGUCAGAGAGUUUCAUGACUUGUAAAAGAAAACAAACAAACCUUGUAGAGCUGACACACCAAACGAAACAGGGACGACAUUGCCUUGUCCUCAUUCUCUUCUGUGUACUCCUGAAACAAAAGAUCACCAUCUUUAAAUCUGUGAGUAGACAUUUUGAUUUUCCAUCUUUUUUCCUGAACUUCUUCAAAAAACAGUUUCCCUCUCAGACCCUUAGCCCCUGAAGCCUUCAGUGUGUUACCCCGUUAAACGUGACCCAGGGGACGUGUGUGUGCGCGGGACUCAGAGCUCUGGUCAUGGCAGCGUUGGCGUGCAUCAGCUGGUUUCCAAGACCUUUCUUCACACACGAGUCGACGCUGGACCAGGAGACGGACGGAGCGUACAGCUGCAGACACUGAGACAGCAAACACACACACACACACACACACACACGGGUAAUUAUGACCUACGUAAUUAGACCUGCCUUUCUAGUCUCACUUUUUUUUUAAGUUGUGUUUUUUGGGCAUUUUUGCCUUUAAUGAUAGUACAGCUGAGGAGAGACAGGAAAUGUGGGGAGUAGAGAGUGUGGGAGGACAUGCAGCAAAUGGUCGACCAUCCGGGAGUCAAACCGACGGCGAUCUCUGCGACGAGGACUGUAGCCUCUAUAUGAGGGGCGCUUAGACCGCUAAGCCACCAGCGGCCCUCUAGUCUCACUUUUAACCGAGUCUUGUUUUCUCUCUUUUUUUUUUUUAUUAUCAAAUUUGAGUCAAUUUUAAAGUCAUAUUCUGUUUUAUUUUGAAUUGUUAUAGACACAUAUUGUCAUGUGUAAAUUAUGUAUAAUUUGUAUUUAUUUUGUAAUUUAUUGUUGAUUAUUUAUUUAGUUAGUUAUUAAUUUGACCUUAUUCCAGUGAUUUUAUGGGUUAAAUCUCCAUAUUUUAAUAUUUUAUUCUGUAUUUACAUUUAGUGUAGCAUCUCAGUCUCUUUUACUGCUUUGAAUUUUUAGUGUUUUAUUAAUUGAUACUAUUCUGGCGAGUUUAAUUUAUUAUCUUGAGUUUUAACAUCUUAUUUUAUCUCCAGUGUUUCCUCAUUAAAUGAUAUGUUUUCAUUAUUAUUUUUCUAUUUUAUUACUACCAUUAUUAUUUCUAUGUAAAGCAUUUUUUGUAACUAUAUUGUUAUAUGAAAAGUGCUUUACAAAUAAAGUCUAAUUGAUUGAUUU